AUGUCAAGCAGCGAACCCCCCAGAGACCCCCCCGGUCAUCAGGCCCCGGUAAAAAAGACUCUCGGCCCGGCAUAUCUCCGGCAGCUCAAGGCCAAACAGGACGAGAUCACCGCAGGCAAGGGCAGUCGGAAAUCGGGCAGUUCUGUAUCUUCUGCGGGCAUCCCGCCUCCCCCGAUCAGCGAGGACGGUCAGAGGUCAGAGGGGCGGGUGCUUGACGCGAAAUAUCUACAGCGGUUGAAGAAGAAGCAGGAGACUAUAAUGGGGUCGUCAAGAGGCAGCGGGCAAGCCAGUUCCACCGCGUCGGUGCAUGACUGCGAGAAUUGCGACUCCAAGCAACGUGGCCGCGUCUUCGAAGAACUUGGCCCGGAUGAGGAAUAUUAUGCCCAAGCACCGUCGACAAUCCCUUUUGGCUUCAAUCCGUCGGACGGAGUCCCGAGACACCACGCUGGCAGCAGUGCCAAGAAGAGAACGAACGAGACGACACCUCACAUGCCCGCCGUUGAUGCCGAAUCUUACAAAGUCCCCGGAGCAUUCGAAGAGGCCCUGGUGCAGUACGCCGUACAAUCACCGCCGUCGGUCCCCAGCCCACCCCCCGAAAUGGUCCAGCAGGCCACCCUCCAGACCUUCCUCCGGACAAGCAUCCAACCCCCAGCCAACGGCCCCCCCAUCGUAGCCGACCACCGGCAGAUCCACAUCCACAACAACCACCACGACAACCGCCAGUACUACGGCCCGGGCCCCACCCCCGAUGCCGAAACUCCCGACCGGGCCAGCCAACCAAGCAUCCCCACCCCGCCAUCUCCUGCCCCACCGGCCAACCCCCUCCUAACCUGGCGCACCCUCGGCACCAUCGCCGCCCUCGCAGGCGCCCUCCUCGGCGCCGUCGCGGACCCGCGCUUCGUCGCCGGGUGGCAGGGCCACCGGGCCAAGGUGUACGUGUCCGGGCAGGUUGCCGCGGCGUGGGGGUGCGUUGUGCGGCCUGUUGCGUGUCUGGGGGGCGGGGGAGAGAGGACUACGACGAUGACGAUGACGACGACGACGGUGUAUGUUGCUGAGACGGAGUUGGCGGGGGCAGGUGCUACGCCUGUGGUGAGGAUGCCGGUGCGGCCGCUUGUGGAUUUGAGGGGGGCGUUGAUGGAUGGGUCGGUGGUUGUUGAGGCUGAGGUUGAGAGGUCUGAUCCGAGGAGGAUGGCGGAGGGUUGGUUGGGGGGGGAUGGAAUCGAGGGGGCAGGAGCUGACGAGGCUGUCGAGGACGAAGCUAUUCCUGACCACCAUGUCGGCGAAUUGGUCAAGCUGUGGGACACGCUGGUGCUCCAAAAGCAGCAGGACGGCGACAGUACAUCCCCCCAUCGCUCUACCUCGGAGAUAGCCAAGGAGGCGUGCAAGUUCAGCGACAAGUUCGGCCUCGGGUUCGAAGACCAGGUCAGCCACGAGACCAACGAGGUCCGCGCCAUCUUGCGGGACAUGGCCCUCUUCCCCGCCGAGGGGCCCAUGUUGAAAGUUUGGACCGGCAAAUCCCAGAGCGGGAAAUACCACCUCGACCCAGCAACGCACACCCCCCUCCCCGCCACAACCUGGUACACCUACCGCGCCUCCGUCGGCGCCGCCACCCGCGCCGUGUCGGCAUCCCAGGAAGCCGUCCUCGCGCACCUGGCCCGCAUCGAGGGCGUCGUCGACCGCGCGGUUGCCUUCCGCGUUGCGCAGGAGGAGCGCGUGCGCCGGUGGCUGGACGAGGCCGGCGGAGGUGUGGGGCCCGUCAACGCGCGGUCGUGUCGCUUGGCGCUGGGGCUGAGGGAUUAUAAGAGGGUUGCCGGGGGGAAGGUGAGGGAGCGGAGGAGGGCGGCUGUUGCGGAGGAGAAGCGGGAGGACGGUGGUGGGGGGUCGGAUGUUGUGCUGGCGGCGACGGACUCGCAUAUGGCGCUGGUGAGAUAUGCUGCCGAGGUGUCGUGGGCGUAUUGCCUGAUGUCGGGGGAGAGCCUCGAGGCGACGAAGAGGGCGCACAAGGCCCUUGUUGCUGAUGUCCGGCGCUGUGAGAAGCUGGCGCAGGAGGUGAGAGACCUAAAAACCACGAUCAAGGCCCGGCUGGGUAUGGUCCGGAGCCCCGGUGAUUUUGUCGCCGUCAUGGAGAGCGAUAAGGAGAUCCGCGACUUUGCCGAGGGUCUGCUGGCGUGGCUGGAGGAGGAGGCCGAGAUGACGGAGAAGGAUUGA